AGUUUCCCUGCUUCUAUCUCAUCUCUCUCCUACAGAUAUAACAGACUACAGUCCAAAGUCCAAGUCGGACCAACAGCCACCUCUCGUUCCUGAUCUGUUAGAAACCCUCCCUUACACAAACACAGAAUCACCCUCUCCCAACUGCUUCUAUCCCCAUUUUUCAACAAAAACUAACAAAAAAAUUAUAUAAAAUUUGCAGUGGUUGAUUACUGUAUUGUAUGCUAAUAUUCAAGACGUUACAUUACAUAUGAGUAUCAAGUUGAGCUCCCCUGCUUGUCUCUCUUGUUUCCCUCAGAGAUUCUCCGUCACAGGCACCGGUGCUCUCUUCUAUCUCUUCUUCCGGCGCCGCCUUCCCGGAAGCGGCGCUUCCGGUAACCGUGCGUUCUCUUGCUGUUCUCGCAACGCUUUUUGCAGCUUUAAGACCAGAGCUGCUUUGAGUGAGGCUAAUGAGAGUGCGGCGUCGCGGCUGUUGGACGACGAAUUGCUAUGCCGAGUCUCCACCGCCGCGGAUGCGAACGGAGUUCUCAACAUGAUUGCGGAGUCGACUCUGAGGAGCGGCGGCACCGUAAGCUCUUCCGAUUGCUCCUUGAUCUUAUCUGCCGCGCUUGAUCGUAGCAAUGCUGACUUGGCUCUCUCUGUUUUCCAAGCUAUGCGCUCCUCCUUUGAUCCUGAUGUUAAUCAGAAGGGUUUGUCCUUUGAGAAAUGGAAGUGGUCAAGGCCAGAUGUGAAUACCUACACAAUAUUAGUCCUCGGCCUUGCAGCAUUGUUGAGGGUCUCAGAUGCACUUAAAAUGAUAGCUAAGGUCUGUCGAGUGGGAGUUUCUCCUGGGGAAGAGGUCCCUUUUGGUAAGGUUGUGAAAUGUCCAAGUUGCAGGGUUGCUGUAACUGUUGCUCAGCCACAACAUGGUAUCCAGAUUGCAUCCUGUUACAAGUGCCGCUACCAGUAUGAGCUUGUUUCAGGCAAUAUACUUCGCAUAGAGUCAGAAGAAAUCAGCAUGGGUGUACCUGCAUGGAAACGAGGGCUAAAAUUCCUGCAAAUUAAGCAAGACAUUCCAGCUGCUGUUCACUCCAUUGUGGUGGAGACCCCAUCUGGAAUGGCACGAACACACAGAUUUGCUACUGAGACAGUUGACCUUCCUGCUCAAGAAGGGGAGAGAGUGACCAUUGCUCUAGCAGCACCAUCAAAUGUUUAUAGAGAGAUGGGUCCCUUUAAAUUUAGUCCAAAGGACUCAAGCUUCUAUGCUGGAGAACCUAUGUGCCUGACAAACCAUGUAGAUGGCCGAGAAUCACCAUUGCUAAGAGCCCCCGAGAAAGAUAAAGGCACAUCUUUACUAAACCCCUCUCUAAUCUUCCCACUUGUUGCUGUAUUUGCCACUGGAGAUGCUGCCUCUGGGAUGAUAGAUCCCAACUUGCCUCAGUUAAUUUCAGUUGCUGCAGUUUCCUUGAUUGCAGUUGGGGCCACUCUAAACAAUCUAGUACUUCCACAGUUAAGCAAGCUUCCUCAAAGAUUAGUUAGUAGUAUGGAGAUCAGGCAACAACUUUUAUCACAGUAUGAUGUGCUCCAAUCUCGGAUAAAGGAAUUGAAAGGAACUGCUGAAAAUGAGGUUUGGAUGUUGGCUCGCAUGUGCCAGUUGGAGAACAAAAUUUCUGCUGUUGGAGAACCUUCUUACAGUGCUCGGAAAAGCAGAGUGAAAAGGGUGCGCGAAAGCUUGGAAAGUUCCCUUAAGAAGAGGAUAGAAUUAAUUGAAAGCUAUGCAAGGAUAUCUUCGAUGAUUGAAAUCGAGGUAGAGUUGGAUUCGGAUGUUCUUGCUGCUGAAGCAGCAAGCAAUGUGGAAAGUAUUGCUGAUCAGAUACAACAAAUCAUGGAGCUUGAAAAGCUUGAAGAAAAAUGGAGACUCCAAGCAGAGGCAAAUGAUGAGGCUGAAAGACUCCUUAGCUCUGAACCCUUGUCGGUGGAAAAGGUGCUAGACAGAUAACUGCUGUACAUUCAUACCCAAGUUAGAAUUGUGAUUAUCGUACCUUCAUGCUAGGGUUGACCGACAAAAUGGAGAAAUGGCGGCAAAAUAUUGAGAUCCAGAGCGCUUGAAGUUUCUGAUGUAAGUCCAGCUCUCCAACCCUGAAGAUUAAAUGUUAAAACAUGGAAAUCUUUGUUCGAGGAUAGGUGUUUGUUCAUACAUGUUUUUGGUUGAAA